AUGUUCCACAACACGUUUCAAAGCGGUCUUCUUUCCGUACUCUACAGUAUUGGAAGCAAACCGUUACAAAUCUGGGAUAAAAAGAUUCUAGAUGACAAGAAAGUGAAACGACGUUUUCGCGCAUCAAAUUUCCAGUCAAAUACUCGAGUGAAACCAUUCAUAUGCACAAUGCCGAUGCGCCUGGAUGAAGGAUGGAAUCAAAUACAGUUCAAUUUAGCUGAUUUCACCAAACGAGCCUAUGGUACAACCUACGUUGAAACUCUUCGAAUACAGAUUCAUGCGAACUGUAGAAUUCGACGAAUCUAUUUCGCAGAUCAUUUGUAUUCGGAGGAUGAGCUGCCUGCUGAAUUCAAAUUGUAUUUGCCUAUAAAAGGUGCAACCCAUGGUUUUGGCUCAUCCUCAAUCAGUGACGAUGAUCCAACAAUCGCUGGAACUUCAUGUAAUUAUUAA